GGGCGGAGGCGGGAAGGCGGAGAGGAGGCGGGCAGAGCGGAGCGGAGGUGGGCAGAGCGGAGCAGAGGCGGAGCGGGGGCGAUGGCUGAGGUGGGGCGGAGGGGGGAAGGCGGAGCGGAGGCGGAGGCGGAGGCGAUGGCGGGAGCGGAGGUGGAGGGAAAGGAGGCGAUGGUGGGAGCGGAGGCGGAGGCGAUGGCGGGAGCGGAGGCGGGGGCGAUGGCGGGAACGGAGGCGGAGGCGAUGGCGGGAGCGGAGGCGGAGGCGAUGGCGGGAGCGGAGGCGGAGGCGAUGACGGGAGCGGAGGCGGAGGCGAUGGCGGGAGCGGAGGCAGAGGCGAUGGCGGGAGCGGAGGCGGAGGUGAUGGCAGAGGUGGAGGCGGAAGGAACGGAGCGGAGGCGGGAAGGCGGGAGGACGCGGGGAAAAGGCGAUGGCGGAGGCGGGAAGGCGGAGGGAGCGGAUGCGGAGGGAGCGGAGGGGGUUGCGGUUGGAGCGGAGCUGAUAGGGGAUUGGCAAACGUGGGAGAGGCUGUCCGUGCCCCCAUCUACCGCCGCGACCAUGAACUGCCACCGGGGCCGACGAGCACGUGCAACGAGCUUUGGUCCCAAUCCCAGGAAAAGCGCGGUAGCUAGAUACCGACUACGCACGCAAAACGAGCCGGAAGGAGGGAGCGCCGAAGCGGAGGAGGAGGUGGAGGAGGAGGAGGAGGAGGGAGAGGGAGACGACUAAUGACCGCUCACGACAAGAGAAUGGCAUAACGCGC